AUCUCACGGUGAGUAUUUCAUCAUGAAGGAUUUUGUUUCUGCGCCCCAAACAUCAUACAAAUUUCGGGUUGAUCGUGCGAGAGAAUCCUAUUGUAACGUCGUUGUACGACUUACUAGAUCACGUAUUCAGCUGCCAGGAUAUACAUAAGAUGGAGAGCCUUCCCAGCUUAGAGAUAUGGAUGAUUGUUCACAAUAACCUACUCAACAAACAUUCAAUUUCUACCUGAGCAAAUAAACCCAUCCAACCGAAAAAAAUCCAGAAAGCUACAAUAUCGCAAUGUCGAACCUAGUACUUCUCCAAGUACCUCACUCCCCCGGCGCAAAGCACAACCGAAGCUCUUCAGUAUAUUCUCGCAACUCUUGUGAUUCGACUUUCUCCGCCUAUACUGGCACCACUCUCACCACAGAAACAUGUCCCACGACAAUUCGUGCCCGGGAAUCGCGAUUGAGCUAUUCGGGUCCAUGUGACGGGACGGUAUUUUAUAUUUACGAUAAACCAUUGCCCCCAUUGCCACAGGAAGCUCUUGUUCAGAAACAAAAACCUUUGCCUCCAUUACCGCGCAGCAUGUCUCGUCGCAGAUCCCAUCAAAACAUGAGAAAUUCCAUGUCGGAACCGAGGAACGAUACUAUAUACUAUGAUGAGAAAGAGGUGUAUGUCCACAAUCCGUUUAGUGAUGAGAAAGUAGUGCUGGGAGAAAGCUGGGAUGAUAAGGGAAAAAGGUUGUGAAGGGGUUGAGGCAAUACUGUAUGAAUAGCAUGGUAGUUGUGCUGUGGGAAUCACGAUUGAAUGCCCAGAGAUCUAGACGUCGAUGUAAAUAAUUCAGAGGGCAGGGUACACAGACUUUUUCAAGGGUUUGAGGGCGGAAUGAGGGUCUUCCACGCAAAAUAUACUUUCCGGCGUUGGGUUUGUGGUGGGGGCAUAUGCUUGAAGCCCUAAUGACUUUGUGUCUUGGGAAGAAAAUGCUUGGUAUUGCCAAAACCUUCAUUUCUUGCUCAUUGUAUACGGAGUACAUCAUAAUAAUAACACAUU